CGAUUCGACGAGAGCAACGGAACUGCCAGAUGGACCGACCCAGGGUCGACCUGACCUGCAGCUCAGGCUUGUGCUCCCCUUGCUCUCAAAUAAAAUAGCAAGCUCGUUGAUUACUCGAAUGCUCGGUUGAGCAAGCACCAGACGAAACAAGGCAAGCCACCAAUCAAUGGCAGCGCUUCCGAGCCAAUUUGGACCGAUGGACUCGCCACGCCGAGUGUCGGAUUGAGAAUGAUGGUCUUUUGGCUCCACGACCUUCAUUCGACAUAACCGCACUCCAAAUGUCCUGCCAUCAUUUCCCAACUUGCCUUGACCACAACCAUGAGCUCUGUCUUCCGCCACGCUGCUCGCCACGGGCGCCGCACGGUCCACGCUAACGGCCGUCGUCUCACAACGGAUGCCACCGCCGACGCCAAGGAGUUGUACGGCCGCAAGCAGCAGCAGCAAUGGCAGCGCUACUGGGGCCACUCCCGGGGCUGCGGCGGCGGCGCCAUCUUUGCGAUUGCUACGUUUGCCGGCGGGUACUAUAUCGGAUCGUCGUCGUCGUCGGCAAGCGACGCGAGUCGUCGCGAUUGGCAACAGGAGCUGCGCGACGACAACCGCGAGCUGAAGCGGCGUCUCGACGACCUCCAGCGCCUUGUCGCCAACGCCCCGCCCACGACUGGUCCGUAAAGAAACCUUGGACGAGCGAUAACUUGAAUCACCACUGCGUAAUCCCCGAUGCGCUCGCCUGAGAGUUAAUGCAUGCAAAUGCAGCCUGUAUGGGGACGA